AUGAAGAAGUUUAAUUUCCGAAAAGUUUUGGACGGCUUAACUGCCUCCUCCCCUGGCAGUGGUAGCAGCAGUGGCAGUAACAGCGGUGGUGGGGCUGGAAGUGGUUCCGUGCACCCAGGAGGGACUGCAGGGGUUCUCAAAGAGGAGAUUCAGGAAACCCUGACUUCAGAGUAUUUCCAGAUUUGCAAGACAGUUCGGCAUGGUUUUCCUUAUCAGCCCACAGCAUUAGCCUUUGAUCCAGUUCAGAAAAUCUUGGCUAUUGGGACAAGAACAGGUGCUAUACGAAUACUCGGGAGACCUGGAGUUGAUUGUUAUUGCCAACAUGAAAGUGGUGCAGCAGUCCUGCAGCUCCAGUUCUUGAUCAAUGAGGGUGCCUUGGUUAGUGCGAGUUCAGAUGAUACACUUCAUUUGUGGAACCUUAGACAAAAAAGGCCAGCUAUUCUUCAUUCUCUUAAAUUUAAUCGAGAACGAAUUACUUACUGUCAUCUACCUUUCCAGAGUAAAUGGCUCUAUGUUGGAACAGAAAGAGGAAAUACACAUAUUGUAAAUAUUGAAUCUUUCAUUCUUUCUGGAUAUGUUAUCAUGUGGAACAAGGCAAUUGAGCUAUCCACAAAGACUCAUCCAGGUCCAGUUGUACAUUUAAGUGAUAGCCCAAGAGAUGAAGGGAAAUUGCUGAUAGGUUAUGAAAAUGGUACUGUAGUAUUCUGGGACUUGAAAUCUAAAAGAGCAGAACUGAGAGUUUAUUAUGAUGAGGCUAUUCAUUCAAUUGAUUGGCAUCAUGAGGGCAAACAAUUCAUGUGCAGCCAUUCAGAUGGUAGCUUGACUUUAUGGAACCUGAAAAGCCCAAGUCGUCCUUUCCAGACUACAAUUCCACAUGGUAAGGAAAAGAGGGAAGGUGGCCACAGCCAACAAGUAAGGCCAUAAACUCGUGUUUUACAUGUAACAUGCGAGAAUAGUGAACCAUUCAUAAUAUUUUCUGGUGGAUUGUCCUAUGACAAAGCUUGCAGAAGACCAAGUUUAACCAUCAUGCAUGGAAAAGCAAUUACAGUGCUUGAAAUGGAUCAUCCUAUUGUUGAAUUCCUUACUUUAUGUGAAACGCCCUAUCCAAAUGAAUUUCAAGAACCUUAUGCUGUUGUAGUACUUCUGGAGAAAGAUCUCAUUGUAGUUGAUCUGACACAAAGCAAUUUUCCAAUCUUUGAAAAUCCGUAUCCCAUGGACAUUCAUGAAUCACCAGUUACAUGCACAGCAUACUUUGCUGAUUGCCCACCAGAUCUGAUUCUAGUACUCUACUCUAUAGGAGCCAAGCAUAAAAAACAAGGAUACAGUAAUAAGGAGUGGCCAAUCAGUGGAGGAGCCUGGAACCUUGGAACACAAACAUAUCCAGAAAUUAUUAUUACUGGUCAUGCAGAUGGAUCAAUAAAAUUUUGGGAUGCUUCGGCAAUAACUCUGCAGAUGCUGUAUAAGCUAAAAACUUCAAAAGUGUUUGAAAAACAGAAGGUAGGAGAAGGAAAACCAACAUGUGAAAUUGUAGAGGAAGAUCCAUAUGCCAUUCAGAUGAUUUACUGGUGUCCAGAGAGCAGAAUAUUCUGUGUAUCAGGAGUCUCUGCAUAUGUCAUAAUUUAUAAAUUCAGCAGACAUGAAAUUACAACAGAAAUAGUGUCAUUAGAGGUACGACUUCAGUAUGAUAUUGAAGAUAUUACAACCCCAGAACCAGAAACAAGUCCUCCGUUUCCAGAUCUCUCAUCUCAGCUUCCUUCAAGGAGUCUUUCUGGAAGUACUAACACUGUGGCUAGUGAAGGAGGAACAAAGGACAGUAUCCCAUGCCUCAAUGUUAAGACACGACCAGUGAGGAUGCCUCCAGGGUACCAAGCAGAACUUGUUAUUCAGUUGGUGUGGGUGGAUGGUGAGCCUCCCCAACAGAUUACAAGUCUUGCUGUAAGCUCAGCAUAUGGAAUAGUUGCAUUUGGGAACUGCAAUGGGUUGGCUGUGGUGGAUUUUAUACAGAAGACAGUACUGUUAAGCAUGGGGACCAUUGACCUAUAUAGAUCAAGUGACCUAUACCAACGUCAACCACGGUCUCCUCGAAAAAACAAGCAGUUCAUUGCAGACAACUUUUGCAUGCGUGGCCUGUCUAACUUUUAUCCUGAUUUAACGAAACGGAUCCGUACUUCCUAUCAGAGUUUAACUGAGCUAAAUGAUAGUCCCGUUCCCCUGGAACUUGAGCGCUGCAAGUCUCCCACUUCAGAUCAUGUAAACGGACACUGCACAAGUCCAACCUCUCAGAGUUGCGGUUCUGGAAAACGUCUGUCUAGUGCUGAUGUUUCAAAAGUAAAUCGCUGGGGUCCUGGAAGACCACCAUUUCGGAAAGCACAAUCAGCUGCUUGCAUGGAAAUUUCUUUACCAGUCACAGCAGAAGAAAGCCGAGAGAAUUCCUAUAAUCGUUCUAGAAGUUCAAGCAUCUCCAGUAUUGACAAAGAUUCUAAAGAAGCAAUUACAGCACUAUACUUCAUGGAGUCUUUUGCUCGGAAAAAUGACUCUACAGUCUCCCCUUGUUUGUUUGUUGGAACUAGUCUGGGAAUGGUGUUAAUCAUCUCCCUGAACCUACCUUCAGCAGAUGAACAAAGAUUUACAGAACCAGUCAUGGUAUUUCCAAGUGGUACAUUCCUCUCACUGAAAGGAGCUGUGCUAACAUUCUCCUGUAUGGACCGAACUGGUGGAUUAAUGCAACCGCCAUAUGAAGUUUGGAGGGAUCCAAACAACAUAGAUGAAAAUGAAAAAUCUUGGAGAAGGAAACUGAUCAUGAGCUACCCCUCUCCAUCCCAAGAAACAGGAGAUCAUCAGUAUACAGUAAUCUGCUCAGAAAAACAAGCCAAAGUCUUCUCACUGCCUUCUCAGACUUGUCUUUAUGUUCAUAACAUCACGGAGACAUCUUUUAUACUGCAAGCAGACGUGGUGGUCAUGUGUAACAGUGCCUGCUUGGCAUGCUUUUGUGCCAAUGGGCAUAUCAUGAUAAUGAGCCUACCUAGUCUUCGCCCAAUGUUGGAUGUUAAUUAUUUGCCACUGACAGACAUGAGGAUAGCACGGACAUUUUGUUUUACCAAUGAAGGCCAAGCGUUAUACCUCGUCUCUCCUACUGAAAUUCAGCGGUUAACAUACAGCCAAGAGAUGUGUGAUAAUCUACAGGACAUGCUAGGAGAUUUGUUUAUUCCCAUAGAGACACCAGAAGCUCAAAAUAGAGGCUUUCUCAAGGGACUCUUUGGUGGAAGUGGACAGACAUUUGACAGAGAAGAGCUCUUUGGGGAAGCUUCAGCAGGAAAAGCAUCGCGCAGCCUUGCACAACACAUUCCUGGCCCAGGUGGUAUAGAAGGGAUGAAAGGUGCGGCCGGAGGGGUGAUGGGAGAGCUGACUCGAGCCCGGAUCGCACUUGAUGAGAGAGGACAGAGGCUAGGAGAGCUGGAGGAGAAAACUGCAGGCAUGAUGACCAGUGCGGAAGCAUUUUCCAAACAUGCACAUGAGUUAAUGCUGAAAUAUAAGGAUAAGAAAUGGUACCAAUUCUAA